AUGCAUACUGCUCAAACUUCAAGUGGGGUAGCCACAUCUAAUGGGUUUUAUUCUCCUGAGUUUAGGGAUGAUUUUGGUGCUGGGCUUUUGGAUCUCCAUGCUAUGGAUGAUACAGAGCUUCUGUCUGAGGUAUGUUUCGUUGAAAGGUUUUCUGUUCAAAUGUGCAGGAAAUGGCGACAGAUUCCAAUUGCCAUCCUUCAGCGAAUCAAGGAGGAUUUCAUCCAUAGACAAGAUGGAGGAAAAGCUGCAACAAUAGUUGCCAAUAGCCUCAACAAGGAGUUUGGGCCUAAAUUGAAGGAGCAGAUGCAAUAUUGUGUAGAUCAUCCAAAGGAUAUCAGCAAGCUGGCUAAAGUGGAAGCUCAGGUUUCAGAAGUCAAAAGAGCUAUGAUGGAAAAUAUAGAGAAGGUUCUCGACCGUGGAGAAAAGAUUGAGCUUCUGGUGGAUAAAACAAAAAACCUUCAUUCUCAGGUUAGUGACUUUGUAUCGUUGAUUCGUUUUCCUUUAUCUCCCUUUUUUAACCUCCCUAUCUUGGAAUGAUAGUGGUAUAUAAAUUAUUGAAAAGAAUAAUGAACCCAGAACCAUUAUUGAGGACAUACUGGAUGAUGAGGAACCGUUGUAACCACCAGAAUUCAACGAGAUUAUUUAGUGUUCUUAUUACAAUUAAGUUUUUUUUAUUAGUGUUCUUAAACCUAUUUUGAUUUAUGUGAUAGAUGGUUCAAGUGGGAAAGGUAUUUUUGGAAAAUAAGUUUUGGACUUCAUUGAAUUUUACUUAUUUUUCUUUCCUUUUUUUGGAAUUUUGAAAUGUCUUUGGUCUGAUUUAUUCUCAUGAUUGAACUGAUAGUUGAUUUGAAAAGAUAGGGAUUGUU